AUGACCACUACCUCCAGAAGUGAGUCAAUGAAUUCUUUCUUCGAUGAAUUUGUCAAUGCUAGUACCGGUUUGAAGGAGUUUAUAGAGAAUUCACAGAAAGCGUUGGAGAAACAAUAUUUACGUGAAAGAGAGGCUGAUUAUGAAACAAAGAACAAGGAAAGGUCCAAAAUAACAUCAUCGUCAUUGGAGAGUCAUGCGGCAUCUACUUACACGAAAGAAAUGUUUAGACGUUUUCAACACGAACUCAAAGAAAGUGGAGCUUAUGUCGUGAUUGAGAAAGAGAGGAAUGCAAUUUACAAGCAUUACGAGGCAUACAAAACAACGGUCCAAGAAGAGUAUAGAAAAUACUAUGUUUUGAUCGUCACCGAGAAUGGCAACAUACCUCGUGUUUGUCGAAAAUUUGAAAGUUUGGGAAUGCUUUGCUGUCAUAUUAUUCGAUACUUGUAUAAGAUGCAAUGGUCAGAGAUUCCUAAGCAGUGCAUCACUUUGAGAUGGACAGUUGAAGGCAAUGAAAGAGUGAGAGACUUACAACACAAGCGUCCUAAAAUUGGUAAUUUUCUUGAGUCACAACCCGCCCGAUACAGUACUUUAUGCAAAGCAUUCCAAGAUUUAGCAGCUCGCGGAAGUUGUUCAAUAGCGAGAUACAAUUAUCUCAUGAGUGUGAUUGAAAAAGAAUCGAAUUUUAUUGAAAAUUUUUUGAAUGAGAGUGGGAAAAAACGUGGGCGUGAGGAAGAAGAUGAUGCACAUGAGGUCGGGGAUGACGAUGAUGACGAAAAUUUCAAUGAAUUGAGAAAUCCUAUAUUAUCUCAAACCAAAGGUCGUAAAAAAGAAAGGGUGAAAAGUGGCAUAGAGCGCGGCAAAGCGAAAAAAGGUCGAAGAUGUAAUUUUUGUGGUGCAAUUGAUGCCCAACAUGAUUUAAGAAAUUGUCCCACAAAAUUAGCGACAAAUUGCUAUGCCGAUGUAUCUUAA